AGGAGCGGAGAACAUGGAUCGAGAGAAGUUUCAGCAGAAGGCUCUGAAGCAAACUAAGCAGAAGAAAACCAAGUCGGCUGAAUUUCUGAUGGUUAAAGAAGAUAGAGAAGCUGCAGAAGGCAUUGGAAAUCCAGCUUUUAACAUGAGCAUCCCAGAUCUCACAGCAUGUCAGAUUUCAGAAGAGAAAGUUAUUAGACAUGACAUGCCGGAUCGCACCCUUGAAGCCCACGAACAAAAAUUCAGGCUGCCAGCCUCUGCAGAACCAAAAGGAAAUGAGUACAGCAGAAAUUACUUUGACCCACUGAUGGAUGAGGAAAUAAACCCAAGGCAGUGCGGGAUGGAGGUCAGCAGAGAGGGUGAUGAUAGAGUUCUUUAUAAUCGAUCAAUUAAGCUGUUUGACCACAGUGGAACAGGAGAAUCUCAAGUUGAAAACACCAGAGAGGAGACCUUGGAUUCUGAAGAGCCCAUGAGUUCCAGUAUGAGCCCUGAAGUCCACAAAGAGGCUGAUGAAGCCAUCCCUGCUUACAUUGAGGAGUUUGAAAAGCGUGCUUGGAAAGACAUGAUUCUACUUGCAAGUUCUCCAUUAGAACAG